AUGGAACUUGAGCACAAGGCAUAUUGGGCUAUUAAGCACCUCAAUUUUGACUACCAAGUAGCGGGAGAGAGGCGAAAGCUGCAGUUGAAUGAACUGGAAGAAAUAAGGAAUGAUGCUUAUGAGAAUGCAAAGAUUUACAAGGAUAAGACCAAGAAAUUUCAUGAUGCUCACAUCCUUCGUAAAGAGUUUCAACCGGGUCAGAAGGUUUUGCUUUGUAAUUCGAGACUGAAACUAUUCCCAGGAAAGCUCAAAUCACGUUGGAAUGGUCCAUAUCGUGUUGUACAGGUCCAUCUUCAUGGGGCUGUGGAUAUCCAAAACAUGCAAACUGGUUUUGUCUUCAAAGUUAAUGGACAUCGCUUGAAGUUAUACAAGGAGUCUCCAUAUGAUCUUGCCAAGGAUUCCAUCACUUUGAAGGAACCUGUCCCCAAUCGAAUUCGAGCUGGUGGGAAUGAAUACAUUGACUUUAGGAUGCUCAACGCCCCAAUCAGGAAGGAUUACUAUUCCCUUCCAUUCAGAGAGCCAAUGUAUGAGUAUUUUGAGGAGCAUGCCGUGGAGGACAUACCCCUUCAUACCUUGGGUCCUAUUCAAGCUUAG